CUGUCUGCAGGAUCAGGCUUCACCCCCCGACAACUUCAGUCUGAGCUACCCGGGCUGAGUGGACGUGUGUCCGGAUGGAGGACGAGCCGCUCACCUGAACCAGCUCCAGUACUCGUGCUCUGCCGCAUGAACCACACCAGGGACCCGUAGCUACGUGUAUUGUGUUCUCAGAGGAAAGGGGCUCUGGAUGAGAGUCAUUCCAUCGACAUGACUGUGACACCAUUACGUUGCAUCAGUCAGCGUGAUUUGCUAUGGUGAUAUUCCAAGCUAACGCCGAGGCUAGCAGAGGGAUUGUUUUGGGAGAUACCUUCUUUUGAAAUAAGCUCACACGGCGACACAUGAAUUAGUGACUUUUUGGUGAUUUUCUUGGCUCACGCUGGAACACAGAGGGGGAUGUCUAACCAAGGGGUGAGGAGAAACGGCCCAGUGAAGCUGCGGCUGACAGUCCUGUGUGCAAAGAACCUGGCAAAGAAAGACUUCUUCCGGUUGCCAGAUCCCUUUGCCAAAGUGGUGGUGGACGGUUCAGGACAAUGUCACUCUACAGAUACUGUGAGAAACACGCUGGACCCAAAGUGGAAUCAACAUUAUGAUCUAUACAUUGGAAAGGCAGACUCCAUCACCAUCAGUGUGUGGAACCACAAGAAGAUCCACAAAAAGCAGGGCGCAGGUUUCCUGGGCUGCGUCCGUCUCCUGUCCAAUGCCAUCAACAGAUUAAAAGACACAGGCUAUCAGAGACUGGACCUGAAUAAGCUUGGUCCCAAUGACAAUGAUACUGUGAGAGGACAGAUAGUAGUAGUAAGUCUCCAGUCCAGGGAUCGCAUCGGAACGGGAGGACCAGUGGUGGACUGCAGUCGCCUGUUCGACAAUGACUUACCUGAUGGGUGGGAGGAGAGGAGGACAGCUUCUGGAAGGAUACAGUAUCUGAACCACAUCACACGUACCACACAAUGGGAGAGACCUACCAGGCCGGCGUCCGAGUACUCCAGUCCAUCAGGGCGUCCACUGAGCUGCGUGGUGGACGAGAACACACCAGUGAUGACACCCGUCAAUGGGGCAGAGGCCAGUGUCCCACCAGGUGAACCCAGGAUCCAGGAAAGACGGGUUCGAUCGCAGCGGCAUCGUAACUACAUGAGUCGGACACACCUGCAUACACCGCCGGACCUCCCCGAGGGUUACGAGCAAAGAACAACUCAGCAGGGCCAGGUCUACUUCCUCCACACACAGACUGGAGUCAGCACUUGGCAUGACCCCCGGGUACCCAGGGACUUGAGCAACGUGAACUGUGAGGAGCUCGGCCCACUGCCUCCAGGUUGGGAGAUCAGAAACACAGCCACCGGCCGAGUCUACUUUGUCGACCACAACAACCGGACAACACAGUUCACAGACCCACGACUGUCUGCUAACCUGCACCUAGUACUCAACCCAAGUUCCAAUGGUUCCCGUGUGGCCAUGGAGAGCCAAAACACUAACCUCAGUCAUCCGCCUCAGCUGAAGGAACAGGGUGGCCCUGGGGCCCCCCAGCAAGCUCUGUCGCCAGCGCAGUUACCCGAAGAAGCUGAGUGCCUGACGGUGCCCAAAUACAAGAGGGACCUGGUGCAGAAGCUGAAGAUCCUGCGGCAGGAACUGUCUCAGCAGCAACCCCAGGCCGGCCACUGUCGCAUCGAGGUCUGCCGUGAGGAGAUAUUUGAGGAGUCGUACCGACAGGUGAUGAAAAUGCGUCCAAAGGAUCUCUGGAAAAGACUGAUGAUCAAGUUCAGAGGAGAAGAGGGACUGGACUACGGUGGAGUGGCAAGGGAAUGGUUAUACCUGCUAUCCCACGAGAUGCUCAACCCGUACUACGGCCUGUUCCAGUAUUCCAGAGAUGACAUCUACACUCUACAGAUUAAUCCGGACUCUGCCGUCAACCCGGAGCACCUGUCGUACUUCCACUUUGUGGGUCGCAUCAUGGGAAUGGCGGUGUUCCACGGCCACUACAUCGACGGAGGCUUCACGCUGCCGUUCUACAAACAGCUGCUGGGGAAACCCAUCACACUGGACGAUAUGGAGUCUGUGGAUCCUGACCUCCACAACAGCCUCGUCUGGAUCCUGGACAAUGACAUCACUGGCGUCCUGGACCACACUUUCUGUGUGGAGCACAACGCCUACGGAGAAAUCAUCCAACAUGAACUGAAACCUAACGGCAAGAGUAUCCCUGUGUCAGAGGACACCAAGAAGGAGUACGUCCGGUUGUACGUGAGCUGGCGGUUCCUUCACGGCAUCGAGGCUCAGUUUCUGGCAUUGCAGAAAGGCUUCAAUGAGGUUAUACCUGAACACCUUCUCAAAGCCUUCGACGAGAAGGAACUGGAGCUGAUAGUGUGCGGCCUGGGAAAGAUCGACAUCGCAGACUGGAAGUCCAACACCCGUCUGAAGCACUGCACCGCCGAGAGCAACAUCGUGAAGUGGUUCUGGAAAGCCGUGGAGUCGUUCGACGAGGAGAGGAGAGCUCGGCUGCUGCAGUUUGUCACCGGCUCGUCCAGAGUCCCGCUGCAGGGCUUCAAGGCGCUGCAGGGUGCUGCAGGACCCCGACUCUUCACCAUUCAUCAGAUCGAUGCCAACGCCAACAACCUGCCCAAAGCUCAUACCUGCUUCAACCGGAUCGACAUUCCGCCCUACGAGAGCUACGACAAGCUGUACGACAAGCUGCUGACGGCCAUCGAGGAGACGUGCGGCUUCGCGGUGGAAUGAGAGAUGCAUAGGAGAGUGUGUCUGUGCAUGAACAUGUGUACCUGUGUGCGAGACUCUGAUCGAUUUAUUAUUGUAAUUGUGACAUGCCGACGGGCUCACUGUGAGUCGGACACGUUUCUCUUUGACCAGCCUGCAGUCUUCCUCUUAUCUCACCGCUGUCCACGUCACGUGUGAACAGCUGCUAGAAUCAUCGCAAAUCCUUUUGGUCUUGUUUGUUUUUUUGUUUUUGGUGUCGAUCAUGUGAAAUACAGAGAGAAAAUGAAGUGCUGCAGCGUUUCCUAAAUCAAUUUUCUUAUCAUGUGGAGUGGACGGUUUAUUUUUACCCCCCAGAAAAGGUGGAAACAAACCUCCAAUGUCUGGUCUCCUUACUUUGAGUCUAAUCAUAUAAGGAAGCAGAUUAUUAACAUACAGUUGUAGUGUUUUAAACAAUGAGAAAUGUGACGCUCUAUUUUGGUUUUGCAUUUUGAGCUGAUUAAAAUGAUCCUCGUCAUGCUACUGAAUAUGCAACGUUGCUGGUAGCCAUAUCUUGCCCUAAGUAGCCAUCUCAACCUCAACCAGUACGGGAGCGCCAUGAAUUCAUCCUACCUCAGUGCAACGCUUUGACGGCUGAAGGGUUUUAUUCCAAAAUGAUCUGCAUCCUCUGUUGUGAAAGUUGACCGCUCACGUCAUUCCGAUUCAGAAUAGAAGAACAACGUUACAGAAUUAGUUAAAUUUUUCACCAGCAGUUACUUUGUACCUGUAAAAACAUAUAGUAAAAAUGGUACAAAUCAUUUUGAAAUGAAACUCGCGCAGGCCGACUCGGACGCACAGCAGGUCUUAGGUCUGUGGCGUCUCUGAGUCGAGCUUGUGGUGAUUGUUCAGAGACGAGAGGAGGACGGACUCUGGUGAAGAAGAAGAAGAAGGAGGCUUGAAUCUUGUUUUGUUUUUUCAACCCUGAACCACUGCACACUUUGGCCACAGCUCUCGUACACCUGUGUGUGUGUUUCUGCAUGUUUACACAAAUGUACGCAUGUGUGCGAGGAAGGUAGACAUUUUGUAAACGAGCUCCCCGCCCCUCUGCUGACACGGUAUCCUGUGUAUGUCACCGUGAGGCUAAUUGAACCUCAAAGUUUGAGUCCGGUUCGUCUUCCUUUUCUCCAGCGGUUACAAGUAUGCAUGUUUGUUUUUUUCCGGGGGGAGGGGGGGUUCUUUUCAUUCUAUCCAACCCAGCGUAGCUCAAUACACUUCCUGCGGCAUCACAAGUGAAGGGCACAACCGUCGUCAGGACAGGCGUCAGUAAACGGCCUUUAAAGGUGAACGUCUAUUUUCAUCAGUUGAAUAAAGCAGAAGUAUUUCUUUCCUCUCUCUCAUGUCACUUUACAGCACUUUACAAACUCAGCAGUGAUGUCAGGACGGCUUCUUCACCUUACAUUCAAAUAUAUCAUGUUUUUAUUUGCUACUCGAUUACUUUAGAAAUAUACAGAGUAAAAACUAUCUAUACACAUGUAAUGUUUGAGUAUAUAUAUAUAUGUAUAUGUAUAUACAUAUAUAUGUAUGUGUAUAUAUAUACAUAUGUGUGAGUACAAAUGCAUAGCUAUUUUGUAUAUUGUUGCUUUUUUCCCCUCUUUCUGUUCAAUUUAAAUGCAAGCAUCUUGCCGUCUGUCACAGACCUCUUUGCAUUCUCAGGUGAAGUUGUUCUUUUUUCUUUUUUUUAUACAUUUAUGAGUUUGGUAUGUGAGAAGGGGUCAAGCUGGUUUUAAUGGAAACUCUAUUUCAGAGGACCUGUUGUUAGACUCACUAUAGAGUGAGAUUUGAAGUGAGAUGUCGAUCACAUUCACUUUUUGACACACACACACCUUCAUAGGAGAACAAGAAAGGCCAUAUUUGCUGCUCCUGACAUCUGUGUCACCAUUAAAUACCAAACAGCACAGACGACCACAUUGUUCAUAUGCACAACAAGUCUGUUUGCCACAUGAAUUUAGAAAUGGCGAGAGAAGGGUGAAAAUGUUAGAACCAGAGAUGCCCCAGUGAGGAGAAUUUCCACCACCACAGCCUAAAUAAAAAAAAAAACUCUGCAUGAACUAAAGCUCGAGAGAUCAAGCCUAUUUAUUUGCUUAAUUAUUACUCUUUGGAAAAAUGUUGACUCAGAUAAAUCAUUAAUUUGAAUAUGUAUUCUUUCUGCAUUUAUUUGCAACCGUGAACAGUUUGUCAGCAGAAACUCAUAAAACUGUCUUUUUAUUUGUCUGUUGUCAGCUUGAGACAAAACAAAAACAGAUCAGUGACAUGUUCUAUUGUUUUUUUUUUACAGCUACAGAGAAUUUCUUAGACUUUUACCUUUUAAUAAUAACUCCACUCAGAGGCAGAGAAGAAAUGCAUUACAAGUUCUUUUGCACAUAAUAUGCAUAUGUGGGCUCCAAGUUAUAAUCAGACACUUCCUUCUAUUCACCAAAUAGUUAACGGACUGAUUGAUCUUUUGUAGAUAAAGUGUAUAUAUAUACACACACACACACUCAUGUAUGUUUGUCCAGUGCACACAGUCCUCUUCUGCUCUUUGUUACUUUUCGUCUGCACCAAGUUUUCUGGCUGGUUCAGUCUGCAGUGCAAAAUGUUGUGGGGGUUGAAAUCUUCAACGAGGGGAGAUCACACGUCUCCUCAGUCCAGCAGCCAAAUUGUACAUUAACACAUAAUCUGUUCAAAAUGAUUCUUCAAUGUUAAAUUGAUCAAUUUUUGAUGAAAAUACAUUUGUGUCUUCUCUGAUCUGAUUAAUCUUCUGAUCUCAAUUAUGCAUCGUUAUGUUUAAUUUGUUACAAACAACAAACCAGCCCCUCCCCCGCAAACACACAGUUUUAGCACAGAUUUAGUUCCAUGUGCACUUCAAUGUGUGCGUGCAGCGUAUGUGAAAACGACUUUUGAUUGAAUUCAGUACAAAACAAACAACUUUUCUUUUCAACUGCACCAUGUUUGAUUUCUUUGAUCCUCGCUCUGUUUUUGUAUUUAUUAUGACAGUAUACGUGUUCAUAGUUUUUCACAUCAGCUGCUCUGUGAGCUUGUAACUGACACCUGUACAUAAGGACAAUAAAGAAGCAAUGUAAUAAACUUCUUGUACCCUUGCAGAAAGCUGAGCAAUAAAACUGUGCUGUUUGGACCUCACAGCAUUACGUUUUAUAGAAA